AUGAAAAUCCAUUAUAACGUCACAGGAACAUUAUCUGUGAUAAGUUAUACGACACCGCUCUUCAUAGUAGUUAUUAUUCCACUUUCUAUUCUCUACUAUUUCAUACAGAGGUUUUAUAUUGCUACCUCAAGACAGUUGAAGCGUUUAGAAUCUGUCUCUAGAUCACCAAUCUAUUCGCAUUUUGGAGAAACAGUAUCGGGAACACAUACCAUAAGAGCUUACAAUCAACAGGAACGGUUUAUUUUAGAAUCAGAACGUAAAGUGGAUCUCAACCAAAUAUGUUAUUAUUCUGGAACAAUUUCUAAUCGAUGGCUCGGUAUUAGAUUAGAAAUGACGGGAAAUUUGAUUAUACUUUUUGCAGCUCUUUUUGCUGUUAUUGCUAAUAAUCAGGUCCCCGGAUUAGUAGGAUUGUCAGUGACUUAUUCAUUACAGAUCACACAAUCUCUCAAUUGGCUUGUUAAAAUGACAUCUGACGUAGAAACAAAUAUUGUAGCUGUGGAACGUAUCAAAGAAUAUGCUGAAGCAAAACAGGAAGCUGCAUGGGAAAUCACAAAUAAAAAUCCACCAAAUUCCUGGCCAGAAAUUGGUACUGUCGAAUUCAAAGAUUAUUCUGUGAGGUAUAGACCAGGUCUUGAUCUAGUUUUGACAAAUGUCAAUUUCCACAUCAAAGGUGGUGAAAAAGUUGGCAUAGUUGGACGGACUGGUGCAGGGAAAUCAAGUUUGACUCUUUCACUUUUCAGGUAA